AUGUCUUCCAAUCAGACCUAUCUCAUUUCUGGUGCCAGUCGCGGGAUUGGAAAGGGUUUUGUGGCGCUCCUCCUCCAGAGGCCGUCUACAACCGUCAUCGCGGGCGUCCGGGACCUCUCGAGUCCGGUCUCGAAGUCCUUAGCUGACCUCCCCAAAGCUGCAGACUCAAAACUCACACAAGUUAAAAUCGACUCCAGCAUCGCCUCUGACGCUGCUGCCGCCAUCUCCAGUCUUCAAAAAGACCAUGGCAUUACUGCCGUUGACGUUAUUGUCGCGAAUGCCGGUGUCGGCGUCCCCGCCGCCCGAGUUAUUGACAUCUCGGCUGGAGCGGCUUUGAACCACUUUGCAGUCAACUCGAUCGGCCCUGUUACUCUUGUCAGCGCUGCAGCUCCACUACUGAAGGCAAGCAAGAAAGGUAGAGGCCCUAUCUUCAUGGCCGUCUCCUCAACUUUGGGAAGCAUCGGUAUACAGGAAACACUGUACAAGUCUUUCAGUGCUGAUGUUGCCCCUUACGGUGCCAGUAAGGCCGCGCUGAAUUGGUUCAUUCAAAGGAUGCACCUUGAGGAGCCAUGGCUGACUAGCUUUGUUUGUCAUCCGGGUGUGGUUCGCACAGAUAUGACGGACGGGAUGGAUAGCAAUGUAUUGGAUUCUAUCGGGGCUAUAACAGUGGAAGAGAGUGUCGGAGGUAUGAUGGCUGUGAUCGAUGGGGCUAAUAGGGAAAACACAAGUGGUUCCUUCAAGAACUACGACGGUUCUUCUUCUCCGUGGUAG